AUCUGAGGUGCCCUUGACCGUCCCUGCCCUCACCCCACCCCGGAUCCCGGCAAUGCUAACCGCUGUCUGUGGCUCUCUGGGCAGUCAGCACACCGACGCCCCUCACGCAUCACCGCCGCGCCUAGACCUGCAGCCUCUCCAGACAUACCAGGGUCACACGAGCCCGGAGGUUGGGGACUACCCCUCCCCGCUGCAGCCUGGAGAGCUGCAGAGCCUCCCGCUGGGCCCGGAGGUAGACUUCUCACAGGGCUAUGAGUUGCCAGGGGCCUCCUCGCGGGUAACCUGCGAGGACCUGGAAAGUGACAGUCCCUUGGCUCCAGGACCCUUUUCCAAGCUCCUGCAGCCGGACAUGUCACACCAUUACGAAUCGUGGUUCCGGCCGACUCACCCAGGCGCGGAGGAUGGCUCUUGGUGGGACCUACAUCCCGGCACCAGCUGGAUGGACCUCCCCCAUACUCAAGGAGCGCUGACAUCACCUGGCCACCCGGGGGCGCUUCAGCCUGGGUUGGGAGGAUACGUCGGAGACCACCAACUCUGUGCUCCGCCGCCCCACCCGCACCCGCAUCACCUCCUCCCAGCCGCGGGUGGGCAGCACCUCCUAGGGCCACCCGACGGGGCUAAGGCCUUGGAAGCGGCGGCGCCAGAGUCCCAAGGUCUGGAUUCCAGUCUGGAUGCGGCGGCCCGACCCAAAGGCUCCCGGCGGUCUGUGCCCCGCAGCUCAGGGCAGACCGUGUGUCGCUGUCCCAACUGCCUGGAGGCGGAGCGACUGGGAGCUCCGUGCGGGCCCGACGGGGGCAAGAAGAAGCAUUUGCACAACUGCCACAUCCCAGGCUGCGGGAAAGCCUACGCCAAGACGUCGCACCUGAAGGCACACCUGCGGUGGCACAGCGGCGACCGUCCCUUCGUGUGCAACUGGCUUUUCUGCGGCAAGCGCUUCACGCGCUCCGACGAGCUGCAGCGCCACCUUCAGACCCACACCGGGACCAAGAAGUUCCCCUGUGCGGUCUGCAGCCGAGUCUUCAUGCGCAGCGACCACCUGGCCAAGCACAUGAAAACCCACGAGGGCGCCAAAGAGGAGGCUGCUGCAGCGGCCCAGGGGGAGGCCAAGGCCGGUGGCGCAGUGGAGCCGCCCGGGGGCAAAGGCAAGCGGGAGGCUGAAGGCAGCUCGGCGUCCUCCAACUGAGCCCCUCGGAUGUCGCAUUCCUGCCGAUCUUUUUAGGGGGUCGCCCUGAGUAAGAGGGGAAGGUGGUUAUUUAUUGAUUGUGGGGAACAGGGAGAGAGGCGCUAGGGUUUUUGUUUUUUGGUUUUUUUGUUUUGUUUUUAGUUUCUGGGGCUAGAUUGGAGGCUAUUUGACUGUUUAGGCUGCCAGGAGCUGAACGCGCCCCUCGCUUCUCUCUAUUUCACCCUCCCCUGAGUUGCUGAAGGGUUAGGAUGGAGCACCCCUACUAUGUGGAGGGGUUCGGCUAGUAGAAAUGGCACGUCCCAGGAGCUGAGGGGAAGCGAGACUGGCUCGGGGCGUUGGGGGUAGCUGUCUGGACAUGCCUUUAGCUCCUGGGAACCCGGACAUAAAAGCACCUUGGAGCCGCCCUAAGGCCUAGGUCCCUUUCAUCCCCCUGCUAGUGCUUCUCCCUCUAAAAUUUCCGAAGAGAGAGCAGAGGUGGGGUGGAGGAGCCUGGGGUGGUUCCCCUUAAGGGGCUGUCUAUCUAGCUUGGAGGGUUGUUACUAUGGAAAGAACUCCCUUCAAUGAAUUCCUUAUAAACCCUUCCAGACUCAGUCUAAGAGAGCCACGAAGGACACAGCUUCGCAGCCAGAGCUGUGAGCUGGAGGUCAGAGUUACAUAGGGAGAGGGCUCCAGCAGGGCGGUCCUCUUACAAAAUGGAAGAAGUUUGGCCGGGGUGGCGGGUGGGAGAACUAACCGCUUCUUCCCUCUUCAACUCUAAUUCAAUCCUUACCUCUUAGACCUUUUAAAAGAAAUCAAAUUCAGCAGUCCCCUAGGUAGUUUUCUAAAGUCAGCCACCAGCUCCGGAGUUGACAUUAGACUCCCCUACCCCACUCCACCUCCUGGUCUCCAUCCUUUGCUUUCCCUCUGGGGUUGUCCUAGCAGAGGGACUGCAGUGGAGGACCCCACUCUGUCUGGAUCCCCGUCUCUUUUUAGCUUGACCUUCCCAAGUUGCCCCCACUGCUAUAGAGUCCCCCCUCCUUCACCCGCAGUGGGAACCUCCUUCCGUAUGAAGAGUUACUAUCCACUGGAAGGGAUUCUAGGAAGCUGUUUCUUUAUCCCCUACUUAGAUGCUAGAGAUACAACUGGGUUUUGAUCACAGGGCGGGGAGGGUAGUUUUCUACCUGGCAGACCGCAGGGCCCUGGGGCUGGGGGCACUCUCAGGUUUGAGGUAGAGGCCUUGAGUCCCUCUGACCUCUCCUUGCUCUCUUCUCUCCACCCAAAACCCUCUGCAGGGAAUAGCUAUGUGUUGACUUUUAAGUUAUAAGCAAAGGGUAUUUUAUUUAAUAAUUAGGGUGUGAGUGCGUAUGUGUGUGUUGUCUGUACCUGUAUGUAUGUAUGUGUGUGUUUCUCUACUGAGCCUGGGGUCUCCUGAGACCCCAUCUUGUUCACCCGUCCAAGGUCUGGGGCCUAGACCCACAGAAGUAUCUCUUCUGCCAUUGGGGAUGCUGGGACCCAGUCCAAGGACUGGGAGCUGUAUGGGAAGUAGGGGCUGGGAUCUGGGUAGGAAUAUGUGUUUGUGUAGAAAGGGCUCCUCCUUCAAAGGGACAGGGUGACUCCCUGUGGGACUUAGGGGCCUGAGGUAGUUUAAGCAUAAGGUUCUUUCUGUAUUCUCCCUCUUCUCCUCACUUCCUGCUAACCUAGCCAGGGGUCCCCAUUCUUAACAAAGAGGGAUGAGGGCAAGAGCAAAGCUGGCCAUGCCUGCAGGUUGCCUGGCUAGGUACAGAGGGGGAGAAAGAAGGGCACCGUGGGUGUGGGAUGCUUUCUCCUCCACCCAUCGAAACCAGACACCCUUCUCCCUGUGCUACCAAGACAACCUUUUCCAGUGACCAUUCUUAGGGGAACUCCUACUUGGGUGUGGGGGGGCAUGCAUGCUCCCCCUUAUAGAAGCCCUGAACCCUAAGAUUUGCAGGUGGGGCUUGGGAUAGUUUUUGUCUGCCCUACUCUUUAUCAAUCUAGGUUUCUCAGCUGCCUGUCCUUCUAGGCAGCCCCCCUAGAGGAAAAUGUAGGAUUUUUUUUCUUUAACUGCUGUGAACCCACUUGGGGGGGGAGGAGGAGGCAGAAACAGCCUGUGUUUUUUAUGCAACAAUAAA